AUGCUUCGACUCACUGUAGCUGGUAGAAUUUGUACCAGUCGGAUCAAUGCGCAAUCAGCAUCAUCACCCCUCUACAUCCAACAACGAGAAAGGGGAUUUACAGAAGUGGAUCGUGCAGGUGGUCGCAAUAAGGCUCAUCGACUUGAGGAGUUAAUUCGGUGGUACCUACGUCUAAAGCCCUGGCGUGAAGAGAUUGCCACCCUCAUGAGACGUCUCAAACGCCACAAUGCUGGUUUCGAUGUACAUCACAGUUGUGUUUUUAUCUUUUGGCCAGGUGUUCACGGUCAGACACGUUAUCUUGUGCGUUUCCCCCAACUCACCGACUCCGACUUCGAAUACUGGAAGGUCUAUACAGACGCCGAUUUUGAUGAGGGCUACUCCAAGGCAGAAUUUGUACGCUCUUCGCGAUAUGCGGCUGGUGCUACUGUACAACGAGAUUCACGUGAAUUGAACUCUGAAUUCAUCAAUACUCGGGUUUCAGGUGAUGCUAAGAAUUUACUCAGUCCUGGUGAGAAAGACGCUCAUCCAUACUCUAUCAUGUACUCGGCGGACAGGUGA